AAAGAAAGAAAGCAUCGCUUGUGUGCGUUUUUCCCGCCUUCUUUUCCUCGCUUUUGCCCUCUCCACAUCAUUCUGAUUUCACCCCGUCCUAUCUGAUCUGUUUUAUUUAACCUGCAGUUCCUCCGCUGUCUUCCUGUCAAGCAAUCAUUGGCGUCUCCCAAAGCAGACAAGCGAUCCCGAAUGAUCAGCUCCGGUGAUUAACUAUUAAUAAGGACGCAUCAUUCUCUAGCGCCCAGCGGAACCGCCAUCCCGGUUUUGCCCCAGGCCCGAAAAUCGUCGAUUGCCUCUCCCUUCCCUUCCGCUCGCCCCCAGCGUCUGCAAUUUGCAUUCCUUCCUACGAUCAGUCAGAUCGGCUCAUAAAACGUUGGAUUGAACCGUCCCACCCGUUUAAUUUAGUCCGUCCCCAGUCGUUCGGUUCCGUCUGCUCUCCUUUUCUUUUUCCUGUUUUUGCUUUUUCUGGCCGCUCUGUCUUUUUUAAACCAUACCUCCUCCAACCAUCUCCUCCAUAUUUUCUCCAAGGCUCGACUCUGCAAUUAUACUCCCUGGAGUCUUGCCAUACUCUCAUCUUUAACUCCUUUUCAUCUACAUAUCUUUUCCUCAAGCUUUAACCGGCCCAAUGGUUCACGCAGUACUUGAACCCCCGGUGAGGACCAAUGCGCCGAGGUCCUCGCCCACCAUCAAUGGAGACCACCGGGCUAUUCCCGUGUCGUCCACUUCUCAUCCUGAUAACCCGGUUCCCGAGGAACCUCGCGGCGUCCGAUCCUUAUCGGUGACUGAUAUGACCUUCAAUGGCUUUGCCGCUGCCUCCCAGGAUACUGAGUCCAGCUCUGACUCGCAGUCGCCCUCGACGCCCGCCACGGAUCUCCAGUCGGACACUGAAACCCUAGCACGCAAGCAGUCUGUCGGGGACGAUGACUCUGGCCGUGAACGCCGCGCCUCCACCGUCCUCAUCUCCCAGAACUCAGAGGACAUGAGACGGCUCUUGGAGAAUGUCGGCAUUGGAGGCACCCAGAAGGUGCAGCCUCUGUGCUGUGGCGGUGGAUGCUGCCGCAGUCAGCCCUUGCGGAGGACCUCGGAACCUGUUUCCGGGUCUAAUUUUAUCACGGCCCCCGACAACAAGGCCUACCGGGAUCUGAAGUUGAAUGUGGACUAUCUCACGAUGGACAGCGAGCUGACCAACGUGGUCGAGCUCCCCGAGAAGACCGUCUCCUUCUCGGCUAUUCCGGCAUCUGCCGUGGAUAUGCAGCUGGGACCCGCGGAUCACCCGCCUCCGUUCGUCCAGCCUCACCCUCCGUACAAUGUGUACCGUGCUCCCUUGCAUCAUGCCCGGGAGCUCACCAAGCCCGGUGCCGAGAAGCGAACGUACCAUUUUGAUAUCGACGUGACCGACUAUCCCGCCGAGAGCGGCAUGGUAGACUUCGUCGUGGGCGGUGCCAUUGGCGUGUGCCCCCGAAACAAGGACGAAGAGGUCGACGACAUCUUCAACCAGCUGGGUGUUCCCAAGUCCAUCCGAGACAAGAAGGUCUCGGUGCGCACCACCAAGGGCCGCUGGCCGACCAUCUGGGGUGACGACAAGCCGCGCGAGCUGAUCACCACCCGCCGAGAGCUUCUCAACUGGUGCGCAGAUAUCCAGAGUUACGCUCCUACCAAGGGCCUCUUCCGAUUGCUUGCCGAGUAUGCCAGCGACAUCAACGAGAAGCAGAUCCUGAUGUUCCUUUCCUCCGCCCAGGGUCAGGGCGCCUUCUGCGAUCUCCGUACCGCGUCGCACGUCAGUGUCUCGCAGUUGCUGCACGCCUUCCCCUCCUCGCAGCCCCCUCUUGACCACCUCCUCUCCGUCCUGAACACCCUGAUGCCCCGCUUCUACUCUCUCUCGCAGGACCCCCUGCUCUCGUGCACAAAGGGCGCUCAGCCCCGUCGUCUGGUCGAAGUGGCCGUCAGCGUGGCCGAGUCGGACGACUGGAAGGGCGGCAUGCGGACCGGCGUGGGAUCUGGCUAUCUCGAGCGCCUGGCCCAGCAGGUGAUGCAAGCUGAGAAGCGCGGCAUCGACCCUCGCACGCUCGACCUGCACGUCCCCAUGUUCCGCGGCCUGAUGGCCAACCCGCUGGCCAAGCGGUUCGCCUCCGACGGACCCAUGCUGCUGAUCGGCGCCGGCGUCGGCAUCGCGCCCUUCCGCGGCUUCGUGCAGCGCCGCCUGCAGUCGGCCAACUGUGCCAACAAGGUCUGGGUGCUCCAGGGUGUCCGUGACUCGCUGCUAGACGAGCUCUACCGCGGCGAAUGGGGCGUCGACGAGGACAAGGUGCGCACGGUCGUCCAAAGCCGUCGCGGCGAGAGCAUGUACGUUCAGGAGGAGGUGCGUCACCAGGCCGAUCUGGUCUGGUUCGUCAUCAACGCGCUGGACGGACGGGUCUUCGUCUGCGGUAGCGGCAAGGGCAUGGGCGAGGGUGUCGAGGCCGCUCUGGUCGACGUCGCCAUGGCCAAGGGUAACCUGAACGUGGAAGAAGCCCAGCAGUUCUGGGCGAACAAGAAAGAAGCAGGCCAAUACAUUGCCGAAACUUGGUAAACCAAUCUACACCACAAUUUGUACAUCUUUUCGUGUCAUAUUCAUAUCCUCAUCGGUUGAGUCGACUUCAACCGACCAUAUUGCAUCCUUAUCAUCUGCUAUGUCUGGUCAUAUAUUUGAUCCGGUCUGCAUCUGCACAUCAGCCGUGACAUACGCCGAUCAACAUACCAUUUCAUCUUUUUUCUUUUUAUUGUCUAUGGUCUUGGAUAUCUGCGUGCUUUUAGCGGGGUGGCUUCUUGUUUUUCUUUUCUUUUUUAUUUUUUUUCUGCUUCUCGAUCUGUCUAUCUGUCUAUGUCCAUUAUCCUUUUUCUCGGCUGUGCCGGGACGUGUUCAUUUGCUGUCUGUUCGGGAUCAGGCUGUGCAUUUAUCUAUUUAGAUACAUAUGGUAGCAAUACCUAAUCCAUGGGAUUUACAUACUGAUUUAUAUUGUUUGGCGGUUGGAUGGGAGAGUUUUCAAGUAGGAAUGUGGGCAUGCGCGUGCCUUUUAAUCAACCCCGCCCCACUGGGUGAAACUGUUAUAGUUGUAGGUUCUGAUACUAUAGGAUGGCUCGUGAAGGUCGUUAUGAGGAAUAGACAGCUGGUUGAAUCAAGGUUGGGGAGGUAUUAUGAUAGCGAAAGGAUUCGAUGUCGUGGUCACGUAGGCUCUAUUGUCUAAUGAUACAUGGUCUAAAAGGUAAUGGUUAUCUGGUUCUUGAUUUCUUCUGUUCAACUUUAUUCUGUUCCAUUUUAUCCACCUAUCCCAGCCCCAUAUUCAUGCAUUCCAGUUCUCCUUGUAGAUUCAUUCCUAUGUUCAUUCUCCUCAUCACUAUGCUCCUUUCUGUGUAUAUGUACUCUACUGAUCCAGAGAAAGCUACAAAUGACCAAGAAUGAAUGAAAUCAUCCAGUUGAAAUAACGACGAAAGCGAUUGCUAAAAACGAAGAGUUAUACAGUCUCGCAUGCAUAGGUAUAUUUACUUCAUUUAAUGCAAGUUAUUAGAAGCCAAAAGACUCGCAUGUCCAGGCUACCUAGGUAAAGGAUAAAACCCAGCUCUCUCCCCACCCUCCUAACUCUAUCUCUCUUGCUGUCUUUUUCUUCUUCUUUCUCAUCCGGAGACUUUCGAUUUCACCAUUAUGGGAUUCGGCCGAAAGCGUCAAUCUAAUCUUGCAUAUCAUGAAUCUAC